AUGGCUGCAAACACGCAACAAUUCAACACAAGAGGUAUGUCAAUGUGUCGAAAGGUUAAUGAGGUUACUUCUUCAUCACACUUGAAACUUAGGAUUGGUAAUAUGGAGAAGAUGAUGCAACAAAUGGCUGCAGUUAUCAUUCCCUCUUAUGAAAAAAAAGCUGAACAAGUGAAUGCAGUAUUCCCGAAUCAGCAGAGACAAACGUAUGAUCCCUAUUCCAACACUUACAAUCCAGGAUGGAGAGAUCACCCAAAUUUCAGCUAUGCGAAUACGCAAGCAACAGCUCCAUGGCCGGUUUUUAAUCGACCUAGUGGUUUCCAACAACAACCACAACCAACGCAAAACUCAGAAUCAUCAGAGAUGCUUGCUAUGAUGAAGAAUUUAACCACAAUGGUGCAAAAAAAUCAGCAGAAAACUGAUGGUGCAAUCAAGGAGUCGCAGAUAAAAAUGAGCACCAUGGCAGAAUAUGCUGAGAAAAGCAAAGACUCCAAGGGGCCGGUUUUGGAGAAAGAGAUUAUUGACUCUUCCCAAACUGAUGAGGUACCUAAAACAAACUCUAAACCUCUUGUUUCAACUUAUGUUCCUCUUUUACCUUUUCAUCGCAGGUUCGAUAAUGCUAAAAGGGUGGAACAAGACAAAGAAAUUUUAGAUGUACUCAAAAAGAUUCAUGUGAAUAUCCCGCUGAUAGAUGCAAUCAGGCAGAAACUCCCACCUAAAUGCAAGGAUCCUGGUAGUCUCGAUAUACCUGUUGUAAUUGGUAAUAAAAUGUUUGGAAAAGCCAUACUUGAUUUAGGAGCAUGGAUGAAUGUUAUGCCCGCAUCUAUUUAUGAGUCUUUGAAUUUGCGUCCUUUGAAAGAAACCCGUAUUGUUCUUGAACUAGCUGAUCGUUCGAAUGUUUACCCUAGAGGUAUUAUUGAAGAUGUGCUUGUGCAGGUGAAUCAACUAGUAUUUCCAGUUGAUUUCUAUGUUUUGAAAAUGGAAAGUGGGUCUGAUGCAUCUAUACCGCUGUUAUUGGGGAGGCCUUUCAUGAAAACGGCCAAAACCGUUAUUGAUGUUGACAAAGGAACGCUCACUAUGGAAUUUGAUGAUGAAAAUAUUCGCUUCAAUAAUUUUAGAGCAAUGCGGUAUCCUAGCGAUGUUCAUUCGGAUGUUCAUGCUAAUGUCUUAGACGCAAGCUAA